UUGGCGGCAGUUUUGCCAGGAGCCUAGAUACCAGCGCGGUGCAGGGUGGUUUGGCUAGGGAUGCUGCUGCCUCCGCAUGCCCCCGCCGACGCCGCCUGUCUCGGCUGUGCAUGAAAUGAUCAGGAACAUCAGUACUGGAAUGGCUGUAGCUGGAAUCAUUUUAUUUGCAAGGAGUAUUAAAUUGACAACUAAAUUUACAAGUGCUUUGGAUAUACCAGUAGAAUUUAUAGAAAAGAAUGUGAAACUACGGGGAAGAUUACGUCACAUAACAGAGAAGGGAUUAGAAGUUGAACAUAUUCCAAUCAGCCUUCCUUUCAUUUCCUCGUUACAGAGAAAAUGGCAAUCAAAUGGCCUUUUGCUGGUCAGACUUGCAGGAGUGGAACUGAUGCCAAGUGGUAUGGUCUGGUUGCAAGAAGAGUUAAAACCAUCACAAAUGAUGUGGUUUCAGCUUCUUGGACGGGAUAAUUUGGUGCUUGAUUGCCUUGUUUCAAUUAAUAAGAGUAGAUUUUUCAGCAUAUGCUUAAAUGAAGAGGUUUUGAAGCAAGGGCUUGGCAAAACGACACGUAUUGAAGGACUGCAUCAUGGCUCUCAACUCUAUUGGAAGCUUCACAAAAGAUUUCUUCGAGCAGAACUAACGGCAGUGAAGAAAAAUAAAGGAAUAUGGAAAGAAAGAAGUAACCUUGAAAAAAUCAGAGAUCAAAUAAGUAGUAAUAAAUUUGUACAGAUGUUAAAACAAUUUGCAGACUGGUUAAGAAGCCAUAUUUAAAAUAUUACAUGGGAAGAACCAGUUGGGAAAAUGCCAGUAGGAUAUUGAUCUAAGUCCGUUUUGUAGGUAUAAAUGCAACACAAAAGCUUAUGAGAGAAAACUUAUUCUCUAUUUUUUGAGGCUUCUUCCUCAAUAAAAAAAACCAAAAUAAUUUCAGUAACUUCACCUGAAAAGACAUUUCUAUAAAGUUUUGUAUAAGAUUAAAGUUCAAUGUAAAGAUAUUUGUUAAAGUGUUUUUUAGGUCAAGAUUAAAAACAACAAACAAAACUUCCUUUAGACUGUUGGGUCAGAUUUUCAAAGGUACUAGACUUCUGCACAGGUGCAAUAGUCUUAGUGGAAUUUGUAGAAGAUUACAAAUACAAGAUAUUACAGAAAUAUUAGUGCAUACUAUACUCCUUAAUUACACAACAGUGAAAUAGAUUUGGAAAAAGAGUCUACCUGAAAAGUGAAAUUUAGUUCUAAGUAACUCUUGACAAUACUACUUUUUGCUUUUUUGCAUUUGUGUUGCACACGAGCAUUUGUCUGAGUCCCGCACAAGAGAACAUAUGCCCAUUUUGUAUUAUUUGUGUAUUUUUUUAAAUAUGUACAUAUUGAAUAACUAGUUAUACUAUAUUGUUAAUAGAAAUGUGAUGACAGCUUUUCUUAAAAAGAAGUAAAAAAGCUUCUACCUCAAGACUUGUAAAAACUUAACUUGGAAGCAGAAUUACGAGCAGAAGUUAGUGUAUCAGUGGACUACUUGUUAAACUGUUUCUUUACUUGUAGCACAGCAGGUUAAACUGUUAGUUACAGCAUUUACAGCUUGUAAAUAAGGAAAGAGAACUAGCUAUCUUUUCUUUCUGUUUCAGUUAUGAAAGCACACACAAUUUUAAUUUAGCUGCUCAACUAUCUCAUCACUCAAAUAAGAUUUUGAAACUCAAGUUUAAAAGGUCAGAGUAUAAAAAUGCCUUAAAUUGAAAAUUCCUGAUCUAUAUCUAUAGACUUUAAAAAAAAAUACAAUAUAUUGAAAGUGUAUGUUAAGUAUAUCACUGAAGGUAUCAUAACUGUAUUUGUAAAUAUGUCGGAAUGAAGUUUUGGGUAUAGUGUUAUGAUUAUUGUUUUACACUCAAGUUCAUAGGUCUGUGUUCAUCCAUGAUAUUAAAUAACAUACAAUAAGCUUCUUAUUCUUCUCCAUUCUUACAUUUAACUACAAUUUCUUUAAACUUGAGAUUUGUUUUGUUAACAUGUUGCUAUUCCAAAUAAUAAAUAUUUAAAUUAAAACAUUAAACUCUUUCCUUCCUUACCUUUCCAUGUGGUUUCUUGCUAUUCAAAUAUUGGGAAUGAGUAGUAUAAAUGCUAGUUAGCUAGCUAAGCUUUAUUCCUCUUAAACUUGGCUGCUAUCAUGCCAUCCUUUUCCCCUGGCUAGAAAGCAGUUACAGCUUUAAAGCUGCUGAAGAAGCAUCCUGUGGUAGCUUCAAUAAUUAGCUAGCAAUUUCUACAGAAGGCUUAAAUAUGGGGGGAAAGUAAGGUAUAGCCAAAAAAUCCCCACCAUUUUUUCUUUCAAUAUUUAGCAUAUGUGAGAUUUUUAUGAUCCUGAUUAUUAGUUUUCCUUUGUCUAGAACUGGCAAACUAGUGUUAGCAUAGGAUACAUUCUGUUUCAGAGCAGGAUAGGCUGGUAAUUCCAGGAUAUAUAUAGAGAAAAAAAAGACCCAACUUUUUCUUUAAAUCUUGUUAUUUUAGCUGUUACUUGAAAUGUGGCAUGUUCAUGUAAAAUAAAAGAUUGCAGUAUACCUGA